ACGACACCGAAUCGAUAUCGCAGCGUUUGGUGCAACUGUCCAAAGAGCAGGGAUCCACCGACAACAUAAGCGUGAUCGUCGUCUUCCUCAGGGAACCCACGAAGAUCGCAUCCGAUCGCCGCAACAUCAACAAGCAACCUAUAGCCGCCGACUCGGUCAUGAUGGACGCAGGCUUAGAUAAUGCCACCUCGAACAAUCCGUUCACCAAUUCGAACGAGGACAUCCAGAACAGGAUGCUAGGAUUCCUGAUGAAAUCCAACAACGGCACGACAGGCGCUGAUCCGAUGUGCAACCUGGACCGUAACGGGAAGCGAUCCGCCGCCGACGAAUUCGACGACGACGAUGAUGAUGAUGACUUGGGGCCGGAGACCGACGUCGAUACCUUAGACGACGUCCCGGUUAAGGUCUACGAGAAGAUGGAUAUGGAUGUAGACCAGAAGUUCGAGACGGAGCUCAUGGAGAUGGACAAGAGCCAGAGGAGGGAGGAGACGCCAACACCACCAGCUGAUGAAGUUUUGGAGGCCGGCCUCGUGGAUAAUGUAGGUGAUAGCGGCGAAGAAUCCGAAGACGAGUGGAACUACUUCAAAGGAGGCAAGGAGAAUAUAAACGCGGCUACUACCCAGCAGCAGUUUGUAAGCUCAGAAAUUUCUGCUGUAAGUCCAGUGGUCCAGAGAGUCGACGAGGAGGACGAAGAAGAAGCCAACAAUAUGUCUCAACUUAAUCCGGAUGCUGCAGAGUUCGUGCCGAUCUCGCCAACUCGCAACGUAGAUUCACCAGUAUGCAGAGCUCUCGUGGAGGAAUCCAUCUUGUCGCAGUCCCCCAGGAGGGUCACCAAGAACGUGGACAUUAAUCUCCCGAAAUUGAACGAUUUCGUGCAAGAGGCAAAGAACAGGCCGAGCGGUUGUUUCAGCAAUGGUCACGAGAAUGGCCACGAAUUGUCUUCCCAGGAACUCAUGGAGAACUUCCUGAACGGCAAAAACAUGGAGGAAAUUGAAGAUCAGCCGACGAGCACGCCAUCGAAGAUCGCAGCAUCUGAUGAAUUCCACUUCGGUCCCAACGCUGCACUUUUCUCGCCCAGCCGUCACCUCUUCGAUCAAUCUGAGGCUUUGUCCACCAAAGCUACUUUCGGCGGUGACGAUUCCAACCUGAGCAUUCACUCGUCCAUAAUUGGAGACUCCAAACAAGAGACUGACCCCAUGUCAAUGUCCUUCUAUCAAGACAAGGACGAAGAGAAUCCUUUCGACUUGAACAAAGUCCAUGUGCUUCCAGAGAACUUGGAAGAAUAUUUGAACCAAGAACAGACCACCGACUUGGACAAGGCCGAGGUAUGCGAGUUGCCAAAAACCCCAGAACCAACCAUGGACGAGAACUUGUGCGGCGAUGAAGAGAAUAUCUGCCAGACCACCGUUGAAGUUUUCAAGUCGCCAGAAUUGUGUGCCAAAUCUCCGGAACUUUCCGAGCAAGAUGAUAUGCUCUGCGCCAAAACACCGGAAAUAUCCGCAAAGGAGGAUCUGGUCUGCUCGCUCCCAGAAAAGGACGAUUUCGACUGCUCCAAGUCGCCGGCGUUCUCCGACAAGGAGGACCUGAUCUGCGCCAAAUCUCCAGCGUUCUCUGAUAGAGACGAGUACGUAAAAUCACCAGAAGCGGACUACCUCUGUCCAAUGAAAUCACCCGUCUGCGAGUUGUCCAAGUCUCCAUUCUCCGAAUUCGAUUCAGAAGCGAAGUCUCCUGAACCAGAGCUGUGCGCCAUGAAAUCUCCCGAACCAGAAAUGCCUAAGGAAUACGAGACUGAACCGAUCGAUGCCGCCAAAUCUCCUGAACUUGAGAUGCCGGUAUCGCAGUCUCCAGACUUUGAAAUUAUUGAUGCUAAGUUCGAACAGAAAUCGCCGGAACCGAUCAUCUGUCGCAUGCAAACCCCGGAGCUUUCUAGCGAACCGCAAUUCAGUGAUCUGCCGGAAGCGGAAGUAUGCCAAGAAGCUGAAUUAUUGGAUGAAGAUGAAUCGGAAGUUUCCGAUAUGCUGAAAUCGAUGGAACCUGAAUUAUUGGUUAUGAAGACCCCAGAACCCGAACUGUGCACUUUUACACCAGCAGAAACACCGGAUUCUGAGCCGAUUGCUUCGCCCGAGGUUGAAUUACUGGAAGCAUCCGAACCAGAAGUAUGCGCAAUGAAGUCUCCCGAACCAGAAUUAUGCGAGAUGAAAUCGCCUGAACCAGAAAUUUGCGAGAUGAAGUCUCCGGAACCGGAGAUUUGUGAAAUGAAGUCGCCAGAAUCCGAAGUAUGCGAGAUGCCGCAAACACCCGAGCUUGAAGAAUGCGCUAUGCACUCAUUUGAACCAGUUUGCGACAUGCAAAACACAGAGCCUACAAUUGGAGACAUCAAUCUUCGUAAUCCAGAAUUUUCUGUUCCGGAAUCGCUAAUGUUCGUUUCCAAAUUACCGGAAUCCGAGACUUGCGAAAUGCAAUCUCCCGAAAUGCCGGAAGUGUGUGAAACACCGGAACCUGCAAUCCGCGUUAUGCGUACCCCCGAACCAGAGCUAUGCGCUGCGAAAUCACCGGAACCGGAACUAUUCGCCGUAAAGACUCCAGAACCAGAAGUAUGCGAUAUCAAGUCGCCUGAGCCAGAGCCCGAAAUCUGCGAGCUGAAGUCUCCGGAACUGGAAGAACGUGAAUUAUUGAAAUCUCCGGAACAAGAUGUAUGUGAAUUGAAGUCUCCAGAACCGGAAGUAUGUGAAUUGAAGUCUCCGGAACCGGAAGUAUGUGAAUUGAAGUCUCCAGAACUGGAGAUCAAAUCACCAGAGCCAGAUGUCUGCGAGAUGAAAUCGCCUGAGCCCGAAAUCUGCGAGAUGAAAUCGCCUGAACCCGAAAUCUGCGAGAUGAAAUCGCCUGAACCCGAAGUCUGUGAGAUGAAAUCCCCUGAAUCCGAAGUCUGCGAAAUGAAAUCGCCUGAACUUGAAGUUUGCGAAAUGAAAUCGCCUGAGCCGGACGUCUGCGCGAUGAAAUCUCCGGAACCAGAAGUCUGUGAUUUGAAGUCGCCGGAACCUCAAAUGUUGGAACCAAAUUUGAUCGAGGACAAAUUACCCGAACUGAAUGCCGCACAGUCCCCAGAGCCUGAGAUUAUCAAAUCUCCUGUGUCUGAUAUGACCAUUCCGCUGGAUGUAAAGUCGCCUGAGGAGGAAGAGAAAUUGUCGCCAUUGGAGGACAUCACUUCUUCCGUUAAGGAUGAUGCCGAAGUCAUGUCGCCGAUUGAUUUGAAUUACGCGCAAGAAUUGUCGAGCGCUGUACAAGAAAACAUCACUUCUGAGAUGUCGUCGCCUCUGGAGAGCAAAGAUUUUGCUCCGAAACAAACAGAACUGUUGGAAGAUAUUGCUGUACCGUCUAUGAAUGUUUCCGAAUGUCCUCUUGAAACAGUAGAGAAACCAGCGGAAGAAGCCGAGAAACCAGUGACUGAACCGGUUGCCAACGAAGCAAGUAUAGUUCCUGAAGCCGUAGGUGUUGCAGCCGCGGCUGUCGUUGCAGCCACAGCUGUCGCCGCUACCAAAACUGAAAAGGACAAGAAGCCAGCUGCCAAAAAACCCUCGACUUUGACGCCUAAGAAGCCUACAGCGAUGAAAACUGCCGCCACUCCGACGAGGACCGCCUCCACACCGACGAAAACCACGCCUAAGCCUCCAAUGAAGGCUACUCCUAAAUCAGCCACGAAGACUCUGACUUCUCCGACUAAAGCCGCGGCCCCUAGGACACCAUCGACACCGAAGCUUGCAUCAAGAACGACCGUGGGAGCAUCUCCAAAACCAAAAACUCUUUCUACGUCUUUAAGCGCUCCAAAAGCUGCAGAUAAGAAGCCGCUGACCAAUGGAGAUGUUAAGCCUUCACUGGUUGCCAAGAAACUCACGUCGACCACUAAAAGCGCUAGCACUACUACAGCGGCGAGACCGACCACCACCAGGCUGAGCCCGACGAAGCCGCCGACUGCAAGGUCCUCAGUUCCUGCAGCUUCGAAACCUUUGACCGCUACUCGCACGACCACUACAGCGGCUCCGAAACCGAGACCGGCAACAGGCCUUUCCAAAACUACGACCACCACAACCAGAACCACAACAACGAAGACGGCAGCACCGAUUGGAGCCACCAGAACUGCCGCUAAGACUGCGUCUACCACGGCCUCCAAAACGAGUACUACCACCGCUGCUGCGCCCAGAGCUCGCGUGCCUUUAAGUAAGCCUGCUGCGAAAGCUCCAGACGCGGAGAAACAGAACAAAGAGAACGUGAACAAAGCAACACGCACCACCACGAGGACCAUUGGUUCCACCACAGCGACGGCCGGAAAAACUUCCACCACCACAGUGCGCAAAACAGAAACUAAGACUGUUGGAAAUGUCCGAAGCGCCACGUCGAAGACCACCACUUUGACAUCGGCGAAGAUUGGAUUGAAGAAAGCCCCGGCCACGACGAAGACCACCACCACGAAGACGGCGGUCUCUAAGAUAUCCCCGAAGCCCAAAGAGAACGGCCUACUAACGAACGGCGGCGUGACCGAGGAGAUCACGACGACCACAACAACGACAAUGAUCACGAACUCCGACAGUCACGAGCUGCUGAAGGACCUCUCGCCAGUCGAGAACAUCAUCCAGGACAACUCGCAGCUCGUCGACACUUCUUCAAUUGCCGCAGACUGAAUUCACUUCACCCCUUCUUUUUCACUAU